UUAAAAUCAAAGUUGAAAUCAAAGUUGGAAUCAAAGUUGGUAUUGAAGUUGGAGUUGAAAUUGGAGUCAAAAUUAAAGUUGAAGUUGAAGUUGAAGUUGGAGUCAUAAUUAAAGUUGUGUUUAAGUCAUCAUUAGAGCUAUCAUUAGAUUUUGUUG